GCCGGCCGGCGCGGCGGCCGCGCCCGAGGGCGGCGGAGGUGGUGGUGGCGCGGUCCAGGGUGACGAGGCCACCGCUGCGCAGGCGCAGAUGACGGGCUGCGAGCUUCAGCUGUACCUCCAGCAGUACCUCCAGCAGUACCAGGGCCUCGCGGCCAAGAAUCACCUCGCCAUGCUCGAGAGCCUCGCGGGCUUUGCGACCAUGGCUCACUACGGUCCCUACGCGGACGCGCACGCCUUGGAAGAGUUUGCCCAGUGGUGUGCGGCGGCUGCCAUGGGGCAGCCGCCCCAGCCCAGCGACUGCGCGGCCGCUCAGCACAGUUUGCCGAGCUUCGCAGGCGGCGUCGUCUACACGCAGGAGUAUCCUUUGCCUUCGAGCUUGCCCCCCAGCGCGGGCGCUGCCAGCUCCUUUGUUCCUGACGGUCGAAUCCACUCCCGCAUCUGAACCUCGGAUUGCAGCCAGUCUUCUUCUUAUACUAGUGGGGUGCUGGCCGUUAGGCUCGAGAAGAGAUUUGCAACGUGCAAAGGUGUGCACAUCUGUGCGGCAUAACUCCUGUUCGUCCC